AUGCCAGCCAGGACCAGAGCGGAGCGAGCCUCGGCGAGGGACGCGCGCGCCAAGGCCGCGAGGGCGUUUAUCAACAAGACGGUGCCGGCGCUGCUCAAGGCGAAUGCGCGGGCGCGGAAGGGCGUCGAGGCGGCGGAGCGGAUCGUCGACCCGCCGCCGUGGAUGCCCACGACGAGCACAGUCACGUCGUCAUCAUCGCUAUCGACAUCGCCCGCUGAGGAGAAUGAAGCGGCUUCUAAAUCACGGAGACGAGGAGACCGAGGUGGUGCGCAGCAACAACAACAGCAGCAGCAGGAGGACCAUGAGCCGCCGUGUAUGCACAUCACCCUCCGUGUGGAGGACACGCUCGAGGCCGCGGCGCGGCUCGUCGCCGAGACGGCCGGCAGCAGCGGCAGCGAUAAGUUUAACUACAACGGCAGCGACAGCGGAAGCGGCAGAAGCGGAGGUGGUGCACGCCGGCAACAGCAGCAGCAGCAGCAGCAAAACGGCCGCGUCGCGGUCCUUAACAUGGCGUCGCCCUUACGGCCCGGCGGAGGGGUCCUCACGGGCGCGACGUCGCAGGAGGAGCAGCUCUGCGCGCGCACGACGCUCUACCCGUCGCUGCGCGAGUCGUUCUAUCGCCUCCCCGAGGUGGGCGGCGUGUACACGCCCGACGUGCUGGUGUGCCGUUCCUGGACUUCUGCCCCUUCCUCUUCCUCCUCCACCUCCGCCUCCGCCAUCGGAGCAGACGCGAUGCUGCUACCCCCAUCGGAGAGGUUUUAUGUGGACGUCCUAACGGCAGCGAUGCUACGCAUGCCCGACACGAUCGUCCAGAGUGCAGAAACAACGGCCACCUCCAUCUCCCCGGCGGAGACUCGUCCUGCCACGCAAGUCGCAGCGGCGCUGGCCUAUGCGGAGCCGCAGGACAGGGAGCUCGCGCACCGCAAGAUGCGCGCCGCGCUGCGCAUCCUCCGCGGGCGGGGCGCCACGCACGUCGUCCUCGGGGCGUGGGGGUGCGGCGCGUACGGGAACCCCGUCGGGGAGGUUGCGCGGGCGUGGCGGGCGGCGCUGUGUGGUCGCGGACGAGGAGGGAGAGGGGCCGAGGGAUGGGACGGACUGCGGGUGGUGUUUGCGAUACGGGACGCGGGCAUGGCGCGUGCGUUUGCGGAUGCGUUUGGGCAGGGGCUGGUGGUGCAGGGAGAGGAUGAGGAAGAGCAUGAGGACGAGGGUGAGGAGCGGAGUCGUGAGGAGGAUAGAGGACAGUCACGGUCAGAGGAUAGCAGCGGGCACGGGAGCGACGACGAGGUGGAAGAGUGA